UGCUCCCUCCCCCUGACCAGUGGAGAAGAGGGAGAUUAACCUGAGUGAGUGUGUGAGAGAGAGGAGUGUUUAAAGCUGGGCAGAACAGAGCAGACGCUCAUAGUUGGCCAGCGCUGAGGGGGAAUACUAUAUUGGAGCUCGAGAGGAUAGAGGACACCCUGAGGGACCUCCUGGUGCGCAUGGGACCUGACGGUUCAACUGCAGCUCACAAGACUGACUCCUCCCCAAUCGCCAUUCAAAGUGUGUGUGUCUGGGACACUCAGACAGGAGGAGGGAGCGGCCCCAGAGAGAGCAGAGAAGACCCAGAGAGAGCAGAGAAGACCCAGAGAGAGCAGGGAAGACCCAGAGAGAGCAGAGAAGACCCAGAGAGAGCAGAGAAGACCCAGAGAGAGCAGAGAAGACCCAGAGAGAGCAGAGAAGACCCAGAGAGAGCAGAGAAGACCCAGAGAGAGCAGAGAAGACCCAGAGAGAGCAGAGAAGACCCAGAGAGAGCAGAGAAGACCCAGAGAGAGCAGAGAAGACCCCGUGAGAGCAGAGAAGACCCAGAGAGAGCAGAGAAGACCCAGUAAGGAACACAGGAACUGGAGGCAGUGGAGCAGAGAUGGAUGCAGGUCCUCUGACAGCCGAGGGAGAGGGCUCCUCUCCGGAGGGCGAGACGGUGUGCUCCGCGCUCGCCCGCUACGAAGCCACACUGAGGGAUGCCGUGCGUGAGAUCCACGUGGACGUAAGCACCUUCAAGCAGAGCGUGGAGCGCCGUCUGGUGGAGGCGACGGCCCACGCCAGCGAGGGCCCCCUAGGCCUGGCUGUGGCCCAGCUGCAGCAGGAGAACCGGCAGCUCCGGAGCCAGCUGGAGGCCCUUAAACAUCAGGUGGAGCUCCUCACUGGGAUAGUGUGCGACAGAGGCGCCCUGAUGACCAACAACAACCAGCACCAGCCAGCGUCCUUCCAGGCCCAGACACACAGCAGCAGCCAGGAGAGGGUGAGCCCCCAGUCCCCAUCCACAUCCCCCACCUGCCCUGCUGGUGGCCCCAGUAUGGGAGCCCUGACCGGGUCAGCCUUGGGCUCGGCCUCCAGCCCCACUGCCACCCGCUUCUCCAGCCGAGCUACCUUCGCUGUGUCCAGCAAGACUAACAGUAUUGAACGUGAGGAGCCAAUAGAGGUGGAUCCAGCCCCUGUAUCCCCUGCACUGGAGAAUGGACACUCUACUACCCCAGAAAACUCGACUGUGUCACAUGGAAAAAGCUCGCCAGCCAAUAACAACGUCCCGUAUGAAAGCACGGCCCCUGUUGCCAUGCGGAUGCCCCACCUACCCAUCACCGCCACAACCAAAACGGCUGACCCCUCAAUUAUGAAGAGCGAAUCUCCCACCAGUCCCGUACGUUCUCUGCCCUCGCCUGUAUCAGAGCCUACUGACAACAACCAGCCUCAAACCAUCCCAGAAUCCCCCAUUCAACCAGUGUCUUCUAUGAAGACAUGGACCCCCAGUCUCAGCCGAGGUCUGGGCUCUCCUCGCCUGUCAGAAAAGUCCUUGUCCGCUCCCCCGAAGUCCGUGACUUACUCUGGCCUCAUCCAACACAACACAGACGGGGUGGAAGAUGUGGGCGGGGUCCUGCCCUUUGGGAGGGGAGUUGAGCGGAGGCGGGAGCUGGUGAGGUCACAGACGUUGCCGCGCAACAUUGGCGCUCAGGCCCGCUGGUCCAUCUUUGAAAAGCUGGAUUCUGAAGCCAGCAGUAGGUCCAAGCCCAUGGACUCCAAGCCCAAGCUGAAGCGUUCUCAGAGCUUUGGUGUGUCCAGUGCCAGCAGCAUCAAGCAGAUUCUUCUGGACUGGUGCCGUUCCAAAACCAUAGGAUACCAGAACAUAGACAUCCAGAACUUCUCGUCCAGUUGGAGUGACGGCAUGGCCUUCUGUGCCCUGGUCCAUUCCUUCUUCCCCACUGAGUUUGACUACAACGUGCUGACGCCUGCCGACCGCAAACACAACUUUGAGCUGGCCUUCGGGACAGCAGAGGAGAAGGCAGGCUGUGACCGGCUCAUCGAGGUGGACGAUAUGAUGGUGAUGGGGCGCAAGCCGGACCCCAUGUGUGUCUUUACCUACGUCCAGUCCAUGUACAACCACCUGCGCAAGUUUGAGUGAUGAACGAUGACCUGGCAGCUACUCGACAACAUCACUGCCCCACCACCACUACCACCACUCUCUUGCCUUCAGCGACAGCAGCAAUGCACACUGAGAGACGACACUCCCCCCUGCUGUAACAGACAGAGUAUUACAUGUAUUUCUCCAGUUUGAGAGAUGUUUCACUCUGCCAUGUUGAGUGCUCACAGCUAUUUCACAAGUACAAAAGGCUGUGUUAUCUCUGUUUAUGUAUGAGUGGCUGGGUAAUUAUUCGCUGAAAGUUCUGUGUUAUGUUUCAGAGAGAGGGGAAGGAUCUUUUCCCCCCUUUCUUUUGGUGACCGACCAUGUUUAAGGCUUAUAUUGGCACAGUUGCUGUUUGAGAGAAUGGGACAGGUUGCUGAAUCAACUCUUCGCUGGGGAGAAAACCUAGUCCCUUUUGAAGAAGCUGCAAGAUGACUUGAACAGUAGGCCUAUAACACUGGACCAAGGACAAAGGACUGUGGAUCCAGAGGAUUGACCCUGUGGAUCAGUCUACAUCCGAUGUUAUCAUCAUUUGGUUCCUUCUAGAGUUGUAUUUGUUCAGGCCUCAUUUACUUUAUUGUCCCACUGUGGUUUCUCAGACCUGAAUGUGUCUACAAAAGGCCUUGCAUUGCAGCACAAUAGAGAAGCUAUACCAAAGUGUGCCUUUACAUCAGCCGAACAGAGGAACUAAAGUACACUCACUAUAAAGUUGAAGGGUAUGCCAUUUAACGAGCUAGAACUGCAAAGAUUAACUGCACAUAUGUACCCACUAGAUGCAAAUGUAAAACGGCCUAUGUUCAUAGUGUUAUUGCUAUGGUUGUGAUUUUUAUUUCAUAGACAAAAAAAAGGACAAAGAAAUCCUGAAUAAAUUGUUACUUGUUUCACACACA